AUUCGCCCCAAAAAAAUGGGGACAACGAAUCUAAUCCAAUCUCUAUCUACUUUCGCAAAAUUCUACACAAAAUUCUUGAUAUAGUAAUACUCACUUAACAAUAAUUAUUAAAGAAAGAAUAUUUAAACCGAAUCUAUCCGCAGCCAAAGAUCGGACAACUCCACGUGGCGAGUUGGGCGCUCGUUUGUUGAUCACACCUCUAUCGAGAUCGAAGCUGUAGAUCUCUCUCACGCACAGCUGUUCAUUCUCGCAACCGGGCCCACGCGAUCCAGCCUCACCAAUCAAAACUUGGCACGUGGGACAGGGGCUGAUGCUGACAUCAAUGACUCUUCUUCCCAGCUGCUGCUGCUAUUUCUCUUUCAGAAGUGAGUGUCACCUCAACACCUAUACUGUGUGUGUGUGUGUUUGUGCGUGUGAAAGGUUGGUGUGAUUCUUGGUUUUGUGUGGCUAAUUAUCAAGAUUCGAUUUUUUUCGAGAAAAAAAUGUUCUUUUUUCUUGUUUAUAGUGAUGGUUGAAUGUGUUUUGUUUUUUUUAGCAAAUGUUUUCUCUCUUUUAAAUGAGGGAUUUUUUUUAUGGUGGAUUGUUUUUCUGAUUCUUGAACUGAAAGUGUUCUUGCUGGAGUUGCCAGAGGUUAUCAAGAUUCUAUUUUUAUUGGUCUUGAUAUCUUACCAAGGUAAUCUCUCUCUCUCUCUCUCUGUUUGCCUCUUGAGCUCAGAUUUCCAUAGCUUCUUGGUUCUUGUAAGAAACAUAUUGAUCUAUUUGAGGGAAAUAUUGAGAGAGGAUGGGUGAUAAACAUCUUGAUCUUGUAAGAAAUAGGUGAGUGAGGGUGAAAAAACAUCUGAUCUUGUAAGAAAUAGGUGAUUGAUUGAGUUAAAAGUGUGGGUGUUGGCAAUCAUAGCUGUUUCCUUUUUAAGUAAAACAGAAUAAACUACUACUCCAUUAUUGAUGAUCAGACUUUUUUACUACUACUAUUAUUGAUGUUGGUAAUAACUACAUAAACAAUUGAUAUUAUUCAUUCCAUUUCAGGCAGAAUUUUUAAGGUAUGGAUUCUUGUCUUCCUGAUUGGAACACUGAUGUUGGAGGUGAAUUCCCUGUCCCUCUUCAAAGAAAACCUCUUGGAUUAGAGAAUGAGUUGGUUGAGCUGUUGUGGCAAAAUGGGGAGAUUGUGUUGCAUAGUCAAACCAAUAGGAAACAGUCAAAGCAAUCACAUGGUGAUGGGACAGUUUCAUGGAUUGAUUGCCCUAUUGAUGAAUCUUUUGAGAGGGAAUUCUGUGCUAAUUUCUUGUCUGAGAUCCCUCCAUCACAAGGUUUUGCUCCGCCUCCGCCUCCGCCUCCACCUCCAAGGUUUGAGGCCGCUGAGGUGCCCGGGAAAAGCCUGGAGUGCUCUGGAAUGACUGUCGGGUCGAGCCAUUGUGCGAGCAACCAAGUUGUGAAUGAAGUCGACAUGAGUUGGGCUUCUAGCUCUGGGGUUGGGAGGGCAUUAAACGAGGGCGUGGAGAGGGAGGUGCCCGGGCAGGCUAGGACGUCUGCCUCUGGUGGAUCUGGUAGUAGUAGUCUGUGGAAAACGAGCAAUGAGACGAGCAGGCACAAGAGGAAGAGCCGUGACAUGGAAGAGUCUGAAUGCCCGAGCGAUGCGACUGAGUCGGAGUCGGCUGCAGGGAACAAGGAGAAGAACGGGGCUGCUCGUAGGAGCCGCGUGGCUGAAGUGCAUAACAUGUCUGAGAGAAAGCGAAGGGACCGGAUCAACGAGAAGAUGAAGGCGUUGCAAGAGCUCAUCCCUCACGCCAACAAGUCGGACAAGGCGUCCAUGUUAGACGAGGCGAUUGAGUAUAUGAAGGCCUUGCAGCUGCAGAUUCAGUUGAUGUGGAUGGGGAGGGGGAUGGCGCCGAUGAUGCUUCCGGGCAUGCAGCACUACAUGUCGCGUGUAGGGAUGGGAAUCGGGCCAACCAUGCUGCCGGGGAUCCAAAACCUAAUGCGGUUGCCCCUCGUUGAUCAAGCUACGAACGGACAGAGCCAAGCUCCAGUCGGCCCUCAUAACCCGAUGCAGAACCCGGUUAAUUAUCCGAACCAAAUGCCGAGCUUGAGUUUUCAAGAGCAGUAUGCUAACUACAUGAACUUCCACUCGAUGCAAAGUGCUUCACCUCAGCCGACGGACCUUUUCAACUUCGGGUUCCAUUCGGCUCAGCAGAAUCAGGGCAACGGGAACACUUCCGUUGGAUGAGGCAUAUAGUCGACAUGAAAUCGUCCAGUCCAGAAUGAGAGAGAUGUUUUAUCGAUACCUACGCGGUCAAGAUGGGUGUGUCAAAGAAAUCUACACGUACAACUUAUCGAAGAACUCUGGGAUCGGAUACGAUGAUCAUUUGUGCAGAUCAUGUGUUCCUGUCGUGUUUUCGUAUUGUGUCGAAAAUUGUCAUUCUUAAUUAAAACACACAUCUCCAAGAAAUCCACACCUAUCAAUUAGCAAAUACUGUAAUCAUAAACAGUGUUUCACAAUAUUGUAGUACAAUAUAUCAUAUCAAGUUUGAUACAUAAA